GACAUAACAAACAGGAACACGGUGGCGUGUGUAAGUCACCCUCAAGCAACGCUACAAAACGGACACUCCGCUAGCGCCCUACACUACCCACCAGUUGGUAAUGUACCGAGUCAUUCGAAGGCCAUUGACAGCCCGACUUUCCGGGAGAGCAGACGUGAUAAUGGCGCGGGCAGAGGCGUCCGGCAACUAGUGUAUCCUAGGGCAGCACGUGAGGCUUCCAGUGUCCCCUCGACUCCCCACCACAGUGGUUCACACACCUGGCCCUCAUGGAGACGGGCACUCCUCCCCUCGUACAACUCAUCCGUAAAUUAGAACCAAUUAACUCCUGUUGAGAAACUGUAACAGCUGGUGUGAUAAAAUGGUCAUGCGAUGCGCGGCAACUGUCACUUAAUGUUGUGUUGCAGGAAACCAUAAAAGUAAUGUUUUAUUUUUGUUUCAAUGUGAUAAGUUUCCUUAAGUGUUUAAGGGUGGUAGUGAUAAGAUGUAGGAAUGUGUGAAUGGUGCGCGCUAGUGGCCCCAGUGUUGUAAUAACGGGGUGUUCCGGUCUGCCUUCCCUCAACUCCGCUACUGUGACUGGAUCAGAUGACCGACCCAACAGGUUUACCUCGACAGAUUGGUGAAGUCGCUGUUGACAUCCGGAGAGUCGGCCAUGCGAGACGCCCAGAGACCUUCACUCCUCCAGUUAUCCAAACGUCCUUAGAAAGAAAUAUUCAAUGCUGAAUUAGAAUACUGACUCGCUGAGAGCAUGGAAGAACGAGAAAUGGCCCCAAUCUUGAUGGAACUGCCAAGAGAUCAGAAUGAAAAAUUGCACUGGAAGUGAGCGAGGUUCUCUGCCUUCUGACAUUGAAACGUAUUAUAAUUUUAACAAACAUUCGGAGUUAUAUUCGAUGAAUUAUGUUCUUUGUUGCAAGCACAUUGAUUGAUGAAGAUUAAGCCACCUAAGAGGUGGCACGGGCACGAGUAGCCCGUAAGGCUAGCAAAUUAUUUCAGGCGCUCUUAAAUAACCCUCGAAGUGACCCUGAGUUACAAGUGUUGACAGUCAGGAGAAAAGUUAUCACUGAAAUCCCGCACAUUUAACGUGGACAACCUGGGGCAAGUGGUUGGUCACCACGCAUGCGCGUUGUAUCGGCCCCAUGACGAGGGCAUCUUGCCCACCGUGCCCCCAUCGGCCCUCGCCUCACUCCCUCCAUGCUCACCUCAUGCAACGUGGCCUCCAGUGGGGUGCUGGGCACGGCCUCCCCCAGGAUGGGUAGGACGCCCCACAUCCUUGACCUCCAUCAGGCGAUAGUGACCGGGGACAUGGAUGAGAUGGUGAGGCUGGCGGAGAGUGGGCUGGACAUGGGAUGUCCUGUGCGGGGCACCACAGCCCUCUCCCUGGCCGUGUACCGAGGCGACCUUCAUGCCCUCAGGGUCCUGGCACAGGCGGGGGCGCCACUUGACAGGCGUAGCAAAGAUCAUCUGGAACGCCUUGAAACGCCUAUCAUAUCUGCCAUCAGACUUGGCCACCGGGAGAUCUUCCAGGAAUUAGUGAGACGCGGAGCUCGCCUCGACUUGCGAGACUUCUACAAUCAAACGCCUCUGUGGUUUGCCGUGAAAGAACAACGAUUAGGCUUCGUUAGGAUCCUGCUUAAGAAUGGAGCGCCAAUAGAUUUCACUCGUGCUGCAGAAAACCCCCUCAACAUCGCAAUGCAAUUCUUGGGUUAUAGGGGUCGGCGGGAGAUGGCACUGGAGCUGGUGGCGGCUGGUGUGCCACUCACUCUCGAGGACUACAAGGGCCACUCCCCUCUCUACUGGGCCAUGAAGCAUGUCGAUUUCGAGUUCUUCAGGUUACUAGUUGAAGCUGGGGCGCCCCUGCGAGAGUAUGAGUGGCUGGCACCGCCUCACCUCCCCCGGACUUGGCAGGAGGACGCAGAUAUACUAGAGUGGCUGACGGAGGAGAGCAAGACGCCACCACCACUCAAACGACAGUGUAGAACGUUCAUUUACGCCACGCUACGGGUCCAGCAUAAAACAGACGUGAGGCCACUGGUCCAGGCCCUCACUCUGGGCCCUCAAUUACCUCUACCACAGUUGUUGCUAAGCUACCUUCUGCUGGAGGUGCCCCUUCGUUGCGCCACCGCCAACCCUCCUCUCCACAACCAGGCCCAAGGGGAGACGGUGCCACCCCCGGCCCCACUGCCACUGUGACACCCACCCAUUUCACACGCUUCUAGACAAUCAUUUUCUUGAGGCCACCGUUCCUGAUAAACAACCAUCGACCCAUACUAUCUGUGCCUGAUACGAUUAGCACAUUUGCAGUACAUAAACAUUCCUUAAAGUAUAUGAAUAUUUCACCAAUUUUUUGCCACAAGCGUUAACUGUGCAAAAACUAGUGCAAAAGACCUUUUGCAUAUUACAAAGUUGAAAUUUGUUUGAAUCUCAAUUCAAGAAUGCCACCCAAAGUAUCAGUCAACCAUCCUAAGCCUCUUUAGUGGUCGUAACCCACAAUGCACAUACAAUGAAAUCAUAAGAUGGGAUUGCUUUAACCCUGGUAGCCUGCAUGUCUGUGGUAGGUGGACUUUACAUCAGAGUAAACAAGCUCUGAUAGUAACCUGCUGAUUGGCGCUUUCCAGUAGACAGAGUAAUCUCUACCUCCACCAAAGACUAGUAUUAAGUGAGUCAGUAGUAAAGCACGAUAAAUGUGAAGUUCAGGUGUGCCAUGUAUUUCUUAAGUUUUUGUCGAAAUUAUAAACGAUUUGUUAAUAUUACAGGUCAUCCAGUUUGAAGCUGGUUCUCGGUGCACAUUUUCUCUAGGUAACGGCCUUAUUAAUCCAGAAGAUGAAAGCUGCAUAAACAAGACAAAAUAUUUCAGAAUACUACAAAGAUAUAGUGGUUUUGUUGGUCAAAAUCCAAAUAUAUAUAGGCAAAUCAAGGUUAACAGGCUCUAUAGUGCUAGUUGUCCUUGCGUAACAUAGAAGUUCAUUUGUAAAUCACAUUAUCUUUAUAGAAUUGUCAUUAUAUAUAUACAGGUGGGUCGAAUACGUUUUAGAAAUAUUUCACCUUUCAAAUUUGGCUUAUUCUGCAUGAAUGUGAUCAGUGAUUAUUUAUCAUUCCUUCGAUAUAUAUAUAUUACAUACAUACAUACACACACGUGUGUGUAAAUCACGAAGAAAUUAACGUGAUAAAUAAUGUGACAAUAUUUAACCACAAAGGGAAAUUAAAAAAGAAAUAACGUAAGCACUUUGAUGUUAACAGCACAUCAUCAGAAGUGUAAACAACGCAAUUUUGUGUAGGGAGAUGUACAGGCAUAUGAGGUGAAAAAACGAUGUCUUUGUAUAUAAGAUCUGUUUCAUGAACAUAAGAACAAGAAAACUGCAGAAAGCCUAAUGACCAAUAUACGUGAGCUCCAGAUAGCGGUAUUCGUAAUGAGGGGGUUUGUUGGUUAUAUAUCAUAUCUUUUCAUGUAUUUUGACCAACAAGAUCUGUACGAAACUUAACCUAGCCAUGCAUAUUAUGUACUUUUGUUUCCGUUUUCCUUUAAUUUCACUCUCUUCUCAUGUUUCAGUCAUGUCAGCUUGCCGUAGCAGUAAGUAAGACUUCUGUUGUUUUGAGAAACGUUUUCUUUCUGUGAAGCUGUAUGUGUGAAAUUUCUGAUCAAAAGUUACAAAAUUAAAAAGGGUGCAUACCUAAAUUUCACAUUUAAUGUAAAAAAAAAAAAGUUGAAUGUAGGGAAUUCGUGUUUUCGACGAGACUUUAAGCUAAAGAAAGAUUAUUUAAUUGUGAGUUACAUAAGGUCAAUUUGUUUAAUUUUGAAUUGAACUACGCUUUUGUGUUUUUAAUUUUGCUGAUGACUGUUUGUGUGUUCGUGAUUUUGCUCAGCUAUACAAACUUUGCGUAGAGAGACAGAAUCCAGGAUGAGUGCUCUGCUAGUCACUAUAUAAGAUCUGUAAAAGUAACUUACCAUUUGUUUCAAUGGAUCGGUAAAUUCUUAUAUACAGAACUUGCUAUUAUGCAAGGCAUUUGGCGAAAAUUUGGUGUAAACUAAUCAAUCAGCUAUACGUAGGCGCGAAUUGUCGACCGAAUCGUGUAUUUUAUCUAGACUUAAUAAGUUUGCAAUGCAAACAAGUUAUGAGCCCUCUUGUAGAGGCCCUUUACAUGGUUGUUAUCUGAUGUUUAGGUUAAGAAAUAUCAUCUAUGCUUCAUCCCUUCUCCAAAUCAUUUAAUUAGACAUAUGUUAUUGGGCUGAAAUUUUAAAUUAACAGCUUCAUAUUCGACAUAGCAGAAUGUAGUAUCACAACCACCGACCUUAAUGAUUCAAUAUAGACUGCUUACUCGACUGCAGACACCACCAGCCUACAUAACUAUGGGUACCUAUGCCAGAUGAAGACAAAACGGUCGGGCAUUGUUUUAAUGCGUACACUGUAGACCCGUUGUAGUGUAUUGACCCUUGCAAGAAGUAAUUGGUUCACUAAACUCCACAAUUCUUUAACAAUUUUAAACUUAAUUAUUAUGUAAGUUUCUUAAUUUAAAACGUGUUAAGAAUAUUUAUACAACUAAAAACAAAUAUAAACAUUUCAAUACUUCCUUUCAUUUAUAAAUGUUCAUAAAUGUUAAAUUAAUAAAAUGUUGAUACCUAUUUCAUUACCUAAAAUUUGGAAAAAUAGUUACACCUUAACUGUAUGUAUUCUUUACUUGUAGGAUUCACAAAGAUAUAUGUUAUAUAUAUGUGUGUGUGUGUGUCAAAAUAGUAAACAAUAAUGAGUACAAUACGGGGUGCUUCAUUUAUUAUAUGAUGGUUCAAAUCUUUGCUUGCGAGAACAGUAAGAUUAUUUAUAUGGAAUAAUAAUUUAUACACUGUACUACAUAUAUAGCCUUAUAACUAUAGAAUAUAUAACGUCACUGUACACUUCCGGACAUUAGGAAACCCUGCAUGACCCACCAACUGAAUCAAUUUAUUCGGGGCAACAACUUUGGCACUCAACAAAUUGUUGAGUGUCAUGGCGACCAACUCAUUUGAUUCAAAUGUCAGUAUUGUAAGCAGUCUUAAGGUCGUUGUAAAGCACAAAAUAUGUUUCCAUCCACAUAAAGUUUUUUAUCCGUUACAGAACAGAAGUGGCUUUGGUUGAGCAUAAUUGUCACGGUAUAAACAAGAUGAGCGUUAAGAAAGUAAUCUGUUCAUGUUGAGCUUAAGGAGGCAAUCAGUUCAUUUCUUAAUGAAAAUUCUCGAUGGGAAAAAUAUUGUCAACCGAUGGUCAUACGUACGAAAACUACAGCACAAUGAUUCUGUAAUUUUCCUGUCAAUUGUCAAACCACUACAGGAGCCGUACACAUAGUCUUGUGACAUUGGUGUCAUAACACAUACCAUCGUUCAUGUAGCUGUCAACUGGGAGGCAACAUGAACGAGAAGUAGUUCAACUCUUGUGUUACUCUGACCCCUGUAUUCAUUGACUGGAACACACACCAGUUGUAUAUCCGUGUCGAAUUUGCUAAAUAACGCAAUCAGCUCUUUUUUAGAGGCCAAGCAACUGACUUAUAGAUAACAUGUUAUCAAUAGUUAAACAGCCAAUACAUUGCUUACAGUCUCGUUCCCGCCCGUUUGCACAUGCCACUCAAUGAAACCAGAAACAAAUGACGACCGGCAGCUACCAAAGAGAACGAUGACAAUGUGGAACUGAUGGUUCCAAGUCAAGAAUGGCAACCUCACCAGAAGUCACGGCCUUGCGCAUCAGCUAUGAGUAUCACAGUCGGUCUCAGUAGCUACGGACAUCACGGUCGGCCUCACAGUAGCCAUGGGCAUCACCGUGGACUUUCUGACCCGCUGAGGACAUACGUCAGGUUACCAAGAGGAUAAUUAAGAGAAUAAGCAAAGAUUAGCGCGGAGCAGGCAAUAAUUUCGAGGUAGAACUGACACCAUCAACGUCAGGGACAGACACAGCUAGGACCAGCAAGAGUACUAACCUCAGACGACAACCCAGUUACGUACCGUACCACGGGGCGUUGUGUGCGUAUUGCUUCGGUUCAAAUAUAUUAAUUCAUUUUAAAAAAAUACCGUUGAAUAACAGAUUAUGACCACACAGAGCGAACAAUAUGCAACACGAACUGAUAACUUAAAUGCUUAUUGAAUCGCUGUCAUACAUAGCUUAUGAGGCUUGUGUAAAAAUAUAAAUAUUUAAAUGGUGUAGAUAUAGGUAUACGCACUGAACUAUAUUUAUAUUAUGUAUUUGCAGUGGUGAGGUGAAUGUAUCUAGUCAUUAGCGUGUUGGUCGCUUGGGUUGUUUUCAGAGGUACAAUUGUGAGAAGUAGAUUUGUGAGAGGUACAGCUGUAAGAGGUGUAGUUGUGAAGUACAAUUGUGAGAGGUAAAAUUGUGAGGUACAAUUGAGAGGAGUACAGUUACGAGAUACAUUUGUGAGAGGUACAGUUCUGAGAAAGGUACAGUUAUGAAAAGGGUACAGGGAAUCGACUAUAACCCUCCAAGGUGGUACUGGUGUCCCUGCCAAUAUACUACUGUUAUGACUUCACUACGGGGAGAAUAAGUUGUGUGAACACUGAGUAGUUGUAAAUGUCUGAGAUCAUUGUGAGAGUAAGUGUUGCGGUGUAGAUGUGUGAGAUCUCCGAGAGAGUGUGUGUUGAGGUGUAGUUAUGUGAGAGCUCCGUGAGAGUAGGUGUUACGUGUGCAUGCGCAGGUGGCCACCGAUUCGUCUGGGAUAACGUGCAUUAUUAGGCUACUGCCGCCGUGCUCGGAGUCCUCUCCUAGGCUCCAGGCAUCACUUCUCGUGUAGGUUGUAUCACACUAGUGUUAUUUAUGUAUUUAUUGAUGUAUAGAUUAGAGUGUCUAUUUACAUA